UGUGCCUCCCUUUCCACCCUCCCGCCCUCGCGGACGGCGAUCCCUCCCCUCCGGCCAGGCCUGCUCGGUCCAGCCAUGGCCGCCGUCGCCUCCCCACUCUCCCGGCCAGGCCCGGCCCGUUCCCGCUGCCAUACCGCUGCCUCACCGCGGAGCGAAGGGGCGGCCCCGGCGCGGAGGCGGCUCCGGCUCCCGCUCCCUCCCCGGGGCAGGCCCGCACCGCCCCCGCCCGCCAUGGCGCUGCCGGGCCCGGCCUGCGCCCCGGGACAGCCGGGCCUGAGGAACCGCGGGGCUGUAAAGCGUCAAGGGUGUAAACAUUUCCUUAAAGAAGAUCCAUUUGGACCACAGCUGCUGGACAUCAAGCCUGGGCCUUGCAUCCUGUCCUCCAGAGCAUCUUUCCUAUCCUGCCUCUCUACUUGGAUGUAGUUGGUACAGUCUGUCUCUGAGCUGUUUAAACCUCCCCAUCUCAACGUUUCUUUUUCAAGCUGUGUUUAAGUUGCCAUCAAUCAAAUUAAAUCAUGUUUAUUCACUACUCAAGUACUCUUCAGGUUGUUCCUUCCAUCUCUAUCUGUGCAUUUUGUAGCUCCUUAGAUGUGUCUCACUAGCAAGAUAAUGUCCAGUUAGUUAUUUGAACUGAACUGUAGCCAGUCUG